AUGAAGGGUUUUCUUACUUAGUGUCUCAUUCCUUUUUCCUUUUUCCUUUGAAAAAAAGGCAAAAUUGUCUUUGACAAUUUCAGAGAACUUAUAUUGUUAAAAGCCGAGCAAUACUACCUUAAUGUUCCUCAAGUUGGUUUAUCCACCGUGGUCGAUGAAUUGGAGUGUACUUUCUCAUGUCUCAAGAUCCCUUUGUGCCUUUCCACAAACAUGGCCGCCGCCAAAGGAGCAGAUGGAAAGUUUUGGUGUGAGCUGUUGUCUUCUGACAAGUACAGAAACGCCGAGGACUUCAAAACAAACAAGAGCUCCCACCAUUAUUCCGUUGUGUCACAAUGUUCGUCUUAUCCGUGUCAAAACAAAGGUACCUGUUGGAUGGACUAUCAAAAUUAUGCGUUCCACUGUGUCUGUGAGAAAGGUUUCAUUGGUAAAUAUUGCGAAACAGCUGCGAUGUCUUGCAAGGAUUUUAGUUCCACAUUAAAGCCCAACACAAGUCAGCUGACCACCCUUCAUAUUGGUGCAAACCCAACUCCUGUCCUCUGCCACAUGGGCGAUUUUGGAUGUGGAGAUGGAGGAUGGACGCCAGUUAUGAAAAUUGACGGAAAUAAGACCACGUUUCAUUAUUCCUCCCACUAUUGGACUGAUACAAAUGACUACAACCUUUCUGGUGCAGAGACUGGGUUUGAUUUGCAAGAAACAAAGCUACCGACCUAUUGGAACACUUCUUUCUCUAAGAUCUGUCUUGGUAUGAAGAUCGCCGAACAGCUCAGUUUCAUUGUUAUCAAAAUUCAAUCGGAUUCGCUGUACUCACUGAUCGCUGAUGGUCAAUACCGCGACACGUCACUGGGUCGUGACAAGUGGAAGACGCUGAUUGGUUCUCAGGCCUCAUUACAAGCUAACUGCAACAAGGAAGGAUUCAAUGUCUUUGGUUCACUUAGUUACCGUUCUAAGACAAGAAUUGGCAUUCUAGGAAACAAUGAGAAUGACUGCGAUAGUAGCGAUUCCAGAAUCGGAUUUGGUACAGGCGGAAGCCCAGAUGACUCUAAAUCUUGCGGAAACGAAGCUGAAUCUAAUGCAGAUAAUGAAGUACAACGCAUUGCAGCCAUGGGAUACAUCUUGUUGCAAUAAAUUGAACUUUGGAAAGUAAAUAACCGAAAAAUUAGCAUAAACUUUGUUUCCCACAAACCUCACUAGAAAACUUCUCACGAUAAGGAAUUCGAUGUAAAAUGGACACCUUCACUUUUGGCCCUGGUGUCGUCAUUCAGACACAAAGAGACUGCUUCUCUUUCAUUACCAAAGGCUAACUGAACUUUAUUAACAAACACGUUACACAUAUAGAAGUAGAAGAGUUUACUGACUUAUAGUAAUUUUACAGCAUGCAUGUAUUUCCAGCACAGUAGAAUUACUGCGAGUAGUACAUUUACCGAAUUAAGUACAAAGUGUUCACCUUAGAACCCAUACUAAGGCUUUUGUCAAUAAUUAAGGUGGGUACAUGUAUAAUCAAUACACUCAUGACAUCCUUCCCGGCUAACGUUGAGAAAUUAUUUUAACAAUUAAUCAGUUUAAUUAGUAGUAAAUAAAUUUUUCAUUUUCCCUUGUUGA